CAACUUCGAUCUUCAUCGGUCAUCCUCCCCGAUAUUCCCAGAUUACUCUUACCACCCGCCAAGAAAAAUGCGAGUACAUUUGCGCGUCGAACAACGAGCACGUCAUGACACGAUGACACCGCGAGGAAAGCCGAGAAGGAAAAGAGAAGGAGAAAAAGAAAUCAUGCCUUCUUCUUAUUCGGCAGCGUAAUGCCGCGUGCGCGGCGUUUUCGCAACCGCUUUCGUAAUCCCCGUUGCCUUGAGGGAGCCGCGGACGAUGACGCGAUUCGUGAAAGUGGGUGUGCCCGUCGCGACGACGGCGUCGGCUCAGUCUGCUCCAAUCUACUCACACAGAUCGGAUCGGCCGUGUCUGUCAGCGCGUUCCUUGUCCUGUCGAUUCAGUCCGAACUUUUCCACCGACGGAAGAAACACCGGUAGCCCUGCGGAAUUUCCUGCCGACCGUCACCGGAGAGAAAAAAGGUCAAGAUGUCGCAGCAGCAAUAUUAUCCGUUCAAGUGUACUCCGACUGUGUAUCCCGCCGAGCCGUUCGAUGCGAACGCGGAUGCCACAAUCCUGCGUAAGGCGAUGAAAGGAUUCGGCACGGACGAAAAGGCGAUCAUCGAUGUGCUUACAAAGAGAGGCAUUGUACAAAGAUUAGAGAUCGCGGAGGCGUUCAAGACUAUGUACGGAAAAGAUCUGAUCAGCGAUUUGAAGAGCGAAUUAACUGGAAAACUGGAGGAUGUCAUUGUUGCCCUUAUGACUCCGUUACCACAUUAUUAUGCCAAGGAGCUGCACGACGCAGUGAGUGGUAUGGGUACCGACGAGGAGGCAAUUGUCGAGAUUCUGUGCACUCUCAGCAAUUACGGUAUCCGUACGAUUGCCACAUUUUAUGAAAAUUUGUAUGGCAAAACACUUGAGAGUGAUCUAAAGGGUGAUACCUCGGGUCAUUUCAAGAGAUUGCUGGUAUCCCUCGUGCAAGGAAAUAGAGAUGAAAAUCAGGGUAUCGAUCAUGCCCAAGCGGUUGCCGAUGCCCAAGCGUUAUAUGAAGCAGGUGAAAAACAAUGGGGAACAGACGAAUCUCAAUUUAAUGCGAUCUUGGUGUCCCGCAGCUAUCAGCAGCUUCGACAAACAUUUAUCGAGUAUGAGAAAAUAUCGGGGCACGAUAUAGAGGUUGCCAUAAAAAAAGAAUUUUCUGGCAACCUCGAGAAAGGCUUGCUUGGAAUAGUGAAAUGCGUGAAGUCCAAAGUUGGAUUCUUCGCUGAGCGUUUGUAUGCCAGUAUGCACGGCAUAGGUACAAAAGAUCGAACGCUAAUCCGUAUCAUUGUAUCUCGAAGUGAAAUCGAUUUGGGAGAUAUUAAAAAGGCAUUCGAGGAGCGCUAUGGAAAAUCAUUGGAGAGCUGGAUAGCUGGAGAUACUUCGGGAGAUUAUAAAAAGGCACUUCUUUCUCUGAUUUCAACAUAAUUUUGAAGAUUUUAAAAACAUGUGCACACUUGCCCUAUUAAGAUACAUAUAAUUUACAAAACCUAACUUUAUACAUGUGUAUAUGGAUUCCAGUUUAAUAUUGCUUAGUGUACUAAUGAGAUAUUAGAAAAGAUACCUUGCUGCAUUUUUAAAUAUUUUUUUGUAAUAUUUUUUUUGAAGACUUUAUUAUAUUAACGUAAGCCAAUAAAAUUUUUCAAUGUUCCACGUUUCAAUCUUGUUCAUAUAUACAAAUUAUAUAUUUAAUUAAAUUAUAUUUUAUAUAUUCUUUUAUCAAAUAUACAUAAAAAAUCUCAUAAUUUAAAAGGAGAAAUUAUAAAAAGAUUGAUGAAAAUAAAAUUAAAUAUAUUCUAUAUAAUUU